UUUAGCCUUGCCUCUGACGCCCCCUCACCCCACCCCAAGCCGGCACCUAGCAGUGCGCGGCCCCAGAGCCCACCGGUGGCUCGGGCAGUCUCUGGAGCGCAUGGGGCGGUGCUAAUCGGGCUGGCGGUGCAGGCCAGGAGCCGCUCCAACAUGAACCUCGUGGGCAGCUACGCACACCAUCACCACCAUCACCACCCACACCCCGCGCACCCCAUGCUCCACGAGCCCUUCCUCUUCGGCCCGGCCUCGCGCUGCCACCAGGAGCGGCCCUACUUCCAGAGCUGGCUGUUGAGCCCGGCUGACGCAGCCCCGGACUUCCCUACUGGCGGACCUCCACCCACCGCCGCGGCGGCCGCCGCCACCUAUGGUCCUGACGCCAGGCCUGGCCAGAGCCCGGGGCGGCUGGAGGCGCUCGGGGGCCGCCUGGGCCGGCGGAAGGGCUCAGGACCCAAGAAGGAGCGGAGACGCACCGAAAGCAUUAACAGCGCGUUCGCCGAGCUGCGCGAGUGCAUCCCCAACGUGCCCGCUGACACCAAGCUCUCCAAGAUCAAGACCCUGCGACUGGCCACCAGCUACAUCGCCUACCUGAUGGACGUGCUGGCCAAAGAUGCCCAGGCCGGAGACCCCGAGGCUUUCAAGGCUGAACUCAAGAAGGUGGAUGGCGGCCGUGAGAGCAAACGGAAAAGGGAGCUGCAGCAACACGAAGGCUUUCCUCCCGCCCUGGGCCCAGGAGAGAAGAGGAUUAAAGGGCGCACCGGCUGGCCGCAGCAAGUCUGGGCUCUGGAGUUAAACCAGUGAGCCGAGGCCCGCGCCGAGGCCCUGGCCACGGCAGGCUGACCCCCGAGCUCCGGGACGCGAGGACGGCGGCGGCGAAGGCCAGGCUUCGAGUUCCGGCGGUUUGUGCUAGUGCAUCCCGCCGAGCCUCCGCCGAGCGCUGGCAGGUCGCCGGCUGCAACCACACACUUGGAUCGCACGUGCAAUGUCAUUUGAAAUUGUUUUUAAUACAUUAAGAGAAAGAGAAAUAUAUAUAUAUCUAUCUAUAUAUAUAUCCACCUCCCCUAACCGAGGGCGGCUCCCAGCGGCUCGAGGCAGGAGACGGGCACUGCGGAACCAGGCGCUCAAAGAUGCAGCCUGCCGGCCCUUCUGGGGCGAAAUCAGAACGCCCAGGGCCACGGCCACGGCGCCCUCUCUUUCUCUCUCUCUCUCUCUUUCUAAGAAGAAUCAGCGGCUCUGUCUGGGAAGAGAACCAAAAGCAGGAAGACGGAGGGCUGCCUUUUGUUGUCUUCCUUUCAGCAGCGGGUUUUCUGUUUUCUUUGCGUCGCUGCGUUUCCUACUUAGUUCCAAAGACAACACUCUCUCCUCCUCUUCUCGUCCUUUCUCUCUCCUUUCCUUUCUUUGUAAAUAAAAACUUUUCCCUGUGCGGGAAGUUUUUAUGUAUUUAAACUACCUACGGUGCCUGUGCUCAGGUGUUUGUGUCUCCCCGCCCCCCAUGCCCACCCCUCUUCUACCUCAGAUCUGUGUGACCACUCACCGCCCUCCCCUUGCCAAAGCAGUAUGUAUGUUCGUGACUAAUAAAACGUUUCCUGACG